AUGGCUACUCUUCCAUGGACUCAAUGGGUACAAGGUGCUCUCCUCGCUCCAUCAGCAUCAUCAGGUGUUGAGGCUGUCUUAUUGAUCGGUAAGGAUGGCUCCAUGUGGGGUCUUGCUGGUAAUUGGAAUGUCUCUCCAACUGAAGCUCAAUCAUUGGCUGCUCUCUUGAAGGGAUGGACUGAACAAUCCCCACCAAUCUCACCAACAUUGGCAGGAUCCAAGUUCAUGGGAAUUAGAUGUGAUGGCACUGAAUUUGUCUGUAAUGGACCAAACAAGACUGCUGCUGUUGGUAUUGUGUGCUCCAAGACCAUUGUUAUUGCAAUGGGUAAAUUGGAGCAAGCUCGUAACAUUAGUGCAGGCAUUGGAAAGGCCAUUUCACCAGUCAAUGAAUACUUGUAA